GUUAAAAGUGUGACACCCAGCGGAAGUAGACCAAAAAACUGUCGGUAAUGUUGUCGUUGUCGAGUAGUCAGUGAAUUUCUCACCUAUACUUCAGCAAAAAUGCCCUCAGUUCAGUGUCUGAGGCAGUUUUUCAACGACCGACUAGCUGCUGCUGCUGAAGAAAUAUUUAAUGUAGAAAAAACUAUCGUCGAGUACGAAGAAGAACUCAACCGUCAGCGCAAACUGCUGACUGUCGUGUGGAAUCCUCAAGUAAAGUUACACCGGACAGAGCUUCCACAGAAAUAUAUCUGUAAGCCGGAGGAGGUUGUCGCUGAUGAGCAACCUGUUAGCCAAGAGAGGAACUCAAGUCUGGACCAUCAGGACCCAGAGCUUCCACCGAUUAAAGAGGAGCAGGAGAACCUCUGCAUCAGUCGAGAUGAAGAGGAGCUUAUGGUGAAAUGGGAACCUGAUACCUGUAUGCAGACGCUUAAAACGGAAAAGGUGAAACUCUACUCUUGAAUCCUAAUGAAUCUCAGAAAACAGAGGAGAAAUCCUUACUGGACAUCUUAGUUAAUAACUCUGAGAUAUCCAAACUGCACACAAAUCACCAGCUUCUCUCUCACAACUCUCAUUUCGCUGGAAGCCAAGAUCAAAGAGAAGGAAAGCACUCGGUGUCAACAGGAAAUGGAGAGACAAAACCACAGAAAAGACACUUCAAAACCAAUAAUGUGCAUAAUCCUGCUGUGUUCAAAAAUGACUGCAAUCCUCUCAGAGAUGAAGUCAUUCAAAUGUGACACUUGUGGCAAGGCAUUUUCAUAUAACUCCCAGUUGAUCAGACAUCUCAGAAGCCACACUGGUGAGAAACCGUAUUUGUGCAACGUCUGUGGCAAAAGAUUCAGUCAGCAAUCAAUACUGAAGGUUCAUGAACGGAUUCACACAGGUGAGAGGCCACAUAUUUGUAACAUCUGUGGUAAAAGUUUCACUCAGUUAGCGAAAUUACAAGCUCACAAAACAAUCCACACAGGUGAGAAGCCGUAUUGUUGUGACAUGUGUGGCAAAAGAUUCAAUCAGGAAUCAACACUGAAAGGUCACAGAAGAACCCACACAGGUGAGAGGCCGUUUGCGUGCAGCAUCUGUGGGAAAAGAUUCACUCAGAAAUCAAUACUGGAUUAUCAUUUCAGAACCCACAGAGGUGAAACUGAUACUUUUAUGGUGACUCUCGCGUAUGAUGAAGGCAACCAGAGUGAAGAUCCAAGUCUAUACUUGAAUCCUGAAGGAUCUCAGAUGGCAGCAAAGGAGGCGUCCUUGGACCACAUGUCAGAGAUACCAGAACUGAACCUCGACUACCAGAGCCUUGAUCACAGAGGAGGAAUAAUUGGAGGCUCAGUAGCAACUGUAACUGAAGAGACGAAACCACAGAAGAAACUCUACCAAAGCAAUGAUGUACAUGAUCCCACCAUGUUAAAGAUUUACUAUGAUACUCACGCACAUCAAAAUUCUUUCAAAUGUGAAACUUGUGGGAAAACCUUUCCGUUCCAGUCCACACUGAACAAACACCUGCGAGUCCACACGGGUGAGAAGCCGUAUUAUUGUAACACCUGCGGCAAAGGAUUCAGUCAGUCGUCCAUCCUGAAAGUCCACAAAAGAAUCCACACGGGCGAGAGGCCAUAUUCCUGUAACAUUUGUGGUAAAAGCUUUAAUCAGAAAUCAACGAUGAACAUUCAUAAAAGAAUCCAUACGGGCGAGAAGCCAUUUGCUUGUCAUAUCUGUGGAAAACAUUUCAGUCAGAAGUCAAUACUGGAUGUUCAUGUCAGAACGCACACAGGCGAGAGACCAUAUUCCUGCAAAACCUGUGGAAAAAAAUCUAAGAAGUAAUUCCAGCUUGUUGGUCCACAUGAAAACGCACACGCAUGAGGAGCCAUAUUCUUGAGAUGUGGGAGAGAUUUCAGACGUAGCGGUUUCUUAAGUCUGCAUGAGCACAGCAGUGGAAAAUCUGCUGUUAUGAUGUAAAAAAAAAAUCAUACAAAUAUGUGAGAGGUUCUGUUCCACAAGGGAGAAAGCAGUUUUAUCCAAUAGUGGGGCAAAUAUUGAAAAAAAAUGUUGGCCAUUUACAAGAUGGCAGAAAUUGGGGUCAUAAUUUUGGAUUAUUUUUUUUUUAUAUAUUUGAAUUUGGUUAUUGAAUCUGUAUGAUAGUAACAUUGUUUUGUUCAUUUAUGCCACCUUAAAGUUCAUUUCUAAUAACAGAAUGCAUCUGCAAACCUUCAAAAAAAAAUCCCUUUAAUUCAAAGUGCCAAUGUCUUUUGAUUGAAUUUAAAUUUGAAUUAGCAAGAGUUAUUUAAAUCUUAUAUGUACUUAGAACUUUUUAGAACUCUAAUUUUUAAUUUGAAUGAAGAUUUUGCUGUAGUUGGAAAAGAACAUUUUAAGUAAGGACUAGUUCCAGGAGUCCAUCUAGGGAAUGUAAGUGACUUCUUCUGAGAUUCUUUUUCAUUUUUUUCUUACACUACCUCAGUCAUUAACGGUUUGUGAACUCUCUGAUGUUAAAGCUUUUGUUGUCUGCAGUUUUUAUGUACACUACCAUUCAAAAGUUUGGGCUCACCCAGGUAAUUUCAUGUUUUCCAUGAAAACUCACACUUUUGUUCAUGUGCUAACAUGAUUGUAAAAGGGUUUCCUAAUCAGCACACAAUGUAACAUUAGAACACAGGAGUGAUGGUUGCUGGAAAUGUUCCUCUGUACCCCUAUGGAGAUAUUCCAUUAAAAAUCAGCCAUUUUCAGCCAGAAUAAUCAUUUACCACUUAACAAUGUCUAGACUGUAUUUCUGAUUAUUUUAAUGUUAUCUUUGGAAAAACUGCUUUUCUUUCAAAAAUCAGGACGAUUCUAAGUGACCUCAAACUUUUGAACAGUAGUGUAUACAUUUUUUCAUAUUCACAGAUUUAUUGGUUUCAUAACUUGGUUAACUACAAGCACUGUCUACCCAAGUCUUAGGAGUACAUGUCCUGACUGGUGUUGAAGAAUGAAAUUAAAUGCGGUUAUUUUCAUUUCAAA